AAUAUCGUUUCACUUGCUGAUGAAUAUACGUAACAAUUGGGUACGGGAUAUGGGGAACCCAACAUGAAGUGAACGUUCGGAAAUUGUGGGGUAAAUCGUUUGUUUACCCAUCAAACGAUUUGUGGUGCAUGAAAGAAUUCAAUGGAGAAGUGUUCAAGGCAAAUGUGAAUCAAGACGGUUCUCGUGUUGGUGAUAUUUGCGCAAGGCAGUAUCACGAAAACACUCGUCAGUCCUACAAGAUGGCAGCAAUUUGAAGGACCUCUUUGUUCCGGAUGUUGCCAUUAUGUUUCUAGAGUCCCUCGUAAAAGAACGGGAUUGUGAGAGGUGCGUGACAUGUUCAUCCAAUCCCAGCACAGCAGCAAUACCAGUAGCGGGGUGGUGGUUCAGCACGUCCACAAGAAGCGCAAGUUGGAGCACCAGCAGCAACUCGAAUACACCGAGGACGGUGUCUACGCUCUGAACGGCAGCAGCAUCAUCUGCAACGCGAGCCAGGUGGUCCAGAGGCACGCGCAUCACUCUCACUUGGCCAGUGGUGGCGUGCACGGAGCCGUGCAGACGCGCAGUCCCAAUGGCAGCUUGUCGCAGCAGUUCAUUCGUGCCUCCACCAUAAAGCUGCUCGACACGUAUCAGCGGUGCGGGCAGAAACGCAAAUCGUGCGAGGAGGAGGGUAAUGCUGGCAGUGAGCCGGCGGGAGUGGCCCUCGCAGCUGCCAUCACGACGUCCCACAGCAAGGCGGCCGGCGGCCAGGCGCCCCAGGGCUCCUCCAGCGCCGAUGGGGACUACCAGCUGGUGCAGCACGAGGUGCUCUACUCCAUGACCACCCAGUACGAGGUGCUGGAGUUCCUGGGGCGCGGCACCUUCGGCCAGGUUGUCAAGUGCUGGAAGAAAGGCACCAAUGAAAUUGUCGCCAUCAAAAUUUUAAAGAAUCAUCCAUCUUAUGCUCGCCAGGGGCAGAUUGAAGUGAGCAUCCUGUCGCGCCUGAGCCAGGAAAAUGCAGACGAGUUCAACUUUGUGCGAGCGUUCGAGUGCUUCCAGCACAAGAACCACACGUGCCUGGUGUUUGAGAUGCUGGAGCAGAACCUGUACGACUUCCUGAAGCAGAACAAGUUCAGCCCGCUGCCCCUCAAGUACAUCCGCCCCAUCCUUCAGCAGGUGCUCACCGCCCUGCUGAAGCUGAAGCAACUGGGUCUCAUCCAUGCCGACCUGAAGCCAGAGAACAUCAUGCUGGUAGACCCGGUCCGGCAGCCGUACCGCGUCAAGGUCAUAGACUUCGGCAGCGCGUCGCACGUCAGCAAGGCCGUGUGCAACACGUACCUGCAGAGCAGAUACUACCGCGCGCCGGAGAUCAUCCUCGGGCUGCCGUUCUGCGAGGCCAUCGACAUGUGGUCGCUGGGCUGCGUGGUGGCAGAGCUGUUCCUCGGCUGGCCGCUCUACCCAGGCUCCUCCGAGUACGACCAGAUCCGCUACAUCAGCCAGACGCAGGGCCUGCCCACGGAGAACAUGCUCAACAACGCCUCCAAGACCACCAAGUUCUUCUACCGGGACCUCGACAGCACGUACCCCUUCUGGAGGCUCAAGACGCCGGACGAGCACGAGACAGAGACGGGCAUCAAGUCCAAGGAGGCGCGCAAGUACAUCUUCAACUGCCUGGACGACAUCGGCCAGGUGAACGUGCCCACGGACAUCGAGGGGGGGGAGCUGCUGGCAGAGAAGGCCGACCGCCGGGAGUUCAUCGACCUCCUCAAGAGGAUGCUGACCAUGGACCAGGAGAGGCGCAUCACCCCGGGCGAGGCCCUGAACCACGCCUUCGUGACCCUGGCACACCUGGUGGACUAUGCGCACUGCAACAACGUGAAGGCCAGCGUGCAGAUGAUGGAGGUGUGUCGUCGCAGCGGCUACGCUAGCCCCGGUGCGCACCACCAGCCAGGCCAGCAGGCCCCGCCCCUCGUCGCCAACUUCGUGCCCUCCUCCAAUGGCAACGUCACGCUCACCUUCAACAACCAGCUGACGAAUCAGUACCAGCUGUACAACGGGCGGUCGGUGGCACGGCAGUACACGGCGGCCCGAGCCGACCCCUUCCACCAGCACCAGCUGGUGCCGUCCAUCCUGUGCCCCACGGGCUACCAGGGCAUGGGCUCCCCCGCCAAGCACGUGACGGUGGUGGCUCAGCAGCCGCCGCAGCUGCAGAUACAGCCGCCCAUCAUCUCCCAGCAGGUGGCAGCACAGCAGCAGUACGUGCCGGUGUCCAUGGUGGAGCAGAGCGGCCGGCAGAUGUUGCUGACCAACGCGGUGCAGACGACGUGGCCGGGCAGCCGGCAGAUGGUGGUGCCGUCGUGGCAGCAGCUGCCGCCGCAGCACGCCGCCAUCCAGCAGCCGCUGCUGUCGGACGCCGGCGACUGGGGGCGGCCGCUCAUCGUGGACUCGGGGACCAUCCUGCAGGAGCACCGGCCGGUGUUCCCCGUGGACGUGGGCGCGGAGGUGUACGAGGCGGGGCUGGCGGAGCACCACGCGGCCUGGGGCCCGGCCAAGCGGGGGGUGUCCAAGGGCCAGGCCACCACGCACCACCACCACCACGUGCACCACCACCUGGCCGUGCCCAGCCACCGCGCCCACGACAAGAAGGAGGCCACGCAGCUCAGCCCCGUCAAGAAGAGGGUCAAGGAGAGCUCCCCGCCCUCCGAGGCGCUGGGCGGCUACAGCGUGGUGGGGGGCGGGAGCACCAGGAGACGACACUCUCCCACGGCAAGCAGCGCCCACUGGCAGCAGGCAGCAGCAGCGAGCAGCAGCAGGCACUGCAAGCACCACAGCCACUUGAUGCAGCAACACCAGCAGCAGCAGCAGCAGCAGCAACAACAGCAACAACACCAGCAACAACAGCAGCAAGGCAGCCAGCUGCACCUGCACCAGGCCGUACAGCCCGUCCCACAGGCGCAGGCCGGAGUUGCCGCGAGGCAGCAGACGAUAACGAUAGACGACACGCCGUCGCCGGCGGUCUCCGUCAUCACCAUAUCCGACAGCGAGGAUGAGACUCCCACCAAAUGCACAAGCGUAGGGCUGUCGCGUCACCCGAGCUCCGACUGCCCCUCCGUGCUGACAGUGGCGUCGCAAGACGAGGCGCUCCGCAGCGCCCAGUCGACGCCGUCGCGGGCAGCCGGCGGGCGGCAGCGCAAGAACGUGAUCUCGUGCGUGACGGUGGCGGACAGCGACGGGGAGGACCACAAGAGCCCGGAGAAGCACCAGCUGCAGCCGCCGUCCCAGAUGUACCACACGCACACGCACACCCACACGCACUCGCACGCCCAGGUGCCGCCCGUCCGCGAGAUCAAGCACGAGCCGCAGAUCAGCUCCAACUACUCGGCGGGCGCGUCGCAGUCCCAGAAGAAGCGCCUGCUGGCCAAGGCGCAGUCGGAGUGCAUGCUGGGCGCGGUGGCGACGAAGCGGGAGCCUGGCCUGCCCGACUACCACCACGGGGACUACUCGCACCAGUGCAAGGAGGCGGGGCAGCCGGCCGCUGCCUACCAGUACGUGAGCGCCUCCGUGGGGGCCGCCCCGCCCCCCGCCCCCGACCAGCACAUCGUCUACAGCGGGACUAACUGUUUCAGCUGCAGUGGCGGCGGCGGCGGCAGUGGGGGUGGCGGCGGGGAGAAGCGUGUCUCGUGGGCGCCGCCCGCGGCCCACGUGACCCGCGACAUGCUGGUUCCCCCCUCGGCCCACAAGCGGGAGACCGCGGCGCGCGAGCACCUGGUGGUGCCAGUCACCACGCACCGGGACUACCACCUGCAGCAAGGCUGCCUGUGCGCAGGAGCGAGCCAGCCGCCGGCCGCCCACGCCGCCCGGGAGGCGGUGACGGGCUCGUCCCGCGACCAGCACCUCAAGACGUGGGCGGCGGCGCCCUCGGGCUACCAGGGCUACCGGCAGGGCGCGGCGCACCUCUCCCCGCAGCCGUCGCCGCAGCACCCGCUGGCGGCCGCCGGCCAGCCGCUCUACCACCAGCCGGACCUGUACCGGCGCCAGGCGGUGUACGUGGCCACCGCCCAGCCCGCCUACCACCCGGCCGUGGCCCCCUUCACCACCAGCAGGGCCCUGCCCCCGCCGCCGGCCCACCACGCCAGCGCGCGGCCCGUGCUGGCCUCGCACGCCUCCCACCCCCUGCCCGCCCACAUGCAGCCGGCCGCCGUGUUCCCCGCCCACCCGCAGGUGGCCGCCUCGUACGGCUUCGCCCCGCUCAGCCCGGCCAAGACGCACCAGUACCAGGCCGGCCUCUGGUUCGCGGAGUAGCGUCUCAUCGUCGUCCGCACGGUUCAUUUCAGAGUUCUGUUCUAUGUGUACGCAUACAAGUGUUUAUGUUCGGACACACAUUGCAUUACGACCGGCCAGUCGAGACCCCCCGAGUUCAGUGCGACGUGACAUAUUAACAGGUGCUCGCACUCUUGUUAUGUUUGUCCCGAUAUGAUUUUUACUUGUUUUAAAACCGUUGCCCUGAAAAAAAUGAAUCUGCAUUAGUUUGUGUGUUGACACGGUAACCGCCUUGUGAACAGCUGUUCGGUGUCUUGCUUGACCCCCCGGUGAUCGGGUAAUUUGUCGACACAUUUCGUGACCGUUCAGCACUUUGUGCGGUUUGAAUGCGUUUAUUUUUUUAUUUUAUUUUUUUUAAUUGCCUGGUGUGUGUGUUUGAUAUCUUGACAGUCUGCAAGACAUGAACGAUAAUUGGUUUCGAAAGGUACACAGCCUGCUGAAGGCUACUGGGAGCAUAGUUGGUAGCAGUGCUUAACUACCUAUGUAGUAUUAGCUUUUGUUAGAUUAAAUAAGUAUUGUGUUUGUGUAAUAUCUAACAGGGGACGCUGCAGGUUCUAAUGCAAUUCUUUGUCUGACUAAAAAUUGUUAACUUAUUGUGUAUAGUAGCAACGAUGAUUUUUGUACACGACUAAUUACAUUUUUACAUUGUGUGACUAUAUGGCUAUGACAGGUCUAGAAAAUUUUUUCUUUCCCAUUUGAUGGGAAUUGAUUAUUGCCAUAUUACACAUGAAAUAUUCAGAUAUUUAAUUAAGGGAGAAGUUUUUAUUAAAUUGUGAUGUGUUCAAUCAUUCCUUUUUGUGUUUUAAUAUUGAUUCACUUAAUGGAAUUUAGAAAAUUUAAUUUAAUUUGUUGUGUGUACAUAACCAAUAAUUAUGUGCUUAGUGAUUGAAAUAGCACAAUGUAAGAUACCAUAACCUGUUUAUAAAGUAGUGUUAGUUACAAUGGGCCUUGUUUGGAGGAGUUGUGAUGGUAGAUAGAUCUAUUUUAAUGUGACCAAUUGAAAAUUACUGGUAUGUAUCAUAGCCAAUUAAAGUUUUUACUAAUGUAAAUCCCAGAAAUCAAUGUGCCUAUUUAAUAUAUCAACUUUUCUUGUGUGUAUAUACAUAUAUAAUAAAUUUUGCCAAUAUGUUAAUACUGUCCUGCAAUUUUACUGUGGCAAAUGAUCUUGCAUUAGCGACUUGUUUUACGCCAUCGUACACCGUGCAAGCUGAUUCAUAUUGAGUCGAUGAACUUGAGAGGCGAAUGCGGUCACAGACUUGACACUAGUUUGUAGUUUUGCAAACUCAGUAAUGAACAGCUCUAAAGGCUGCAUCUGGUCGCUCCUGUGACGAGAGCGACUAACAGGCCUGUGCGAACAUUAAAUUAAGUGUUUAUAAUUUUUGCAAAGUCUAAUCGAAUAGCAAAUAUUUUAUAAAUAAUCAUUUAAACAUUUGUAAUGUAUGAAAAGAAUAAGUGAUUAAACAAUUGGGCCCCAUUUAUAACAAACCAUGAAUGAUAUUAAUAUUGAUCAUUCAUUAAAGCAAGUGGAGUGCCUUCAUUUUAUUUUUCAGUUAAUGCAACUUUAUUCAAGCAAAACAUACAUACAUAUAUAUAAAUGAAAAAAGACUAAAUAUUUUCAUGAGCUAAUCAAAAGCUCCAAAGUUUUAAGCUUUGCAUCACAACCGAUGCUUCAGAUAAAACAAAUAGCAAAUUUCCUGGCGAAGUUAAAUAGAGUAUUAAAAAAAGCUUCGCUUUAUUCGCAUAGUGGAAGCUUCGCACAGGUCUAGUGAUGGAGCGAUGCUCUGACAUGUCUGGUUGCGAUUGGGAAGAUGUGUUUGGGGAGAAGUGCGAGUCUGGUUUAUUUAACAGAAGGUUGGGCAAAGUUGGGUGGGGCUUUGUUGGUGUCUGGCUAGAUAAAGUACUUUUGCAGACAAAAAUGUUUGGUCUUAAAGUAUUCUUUAUGGUUACCUUCACCAGGUAGACUGAAUGUAGGUAUAUCUUAUGUGUGUUUGAAUAAAACUUAAUGAUACAUUAAGUAGCGUAAUCUUGUGCACAAUAGGAAAAACUGAUAGGGCUGGUAAAAUUUGCUAAUUGGCAUUUUAAAGUGCAGUUAACCUUUAUAUUUAUAGUAACAGGUGAAUGUUAAAGGAGUAAUUGGUUCUGUUGAGUCCAUGUGCACAAUAGUUAAUCAUGUCGGUCAGAGACGAUGUUACAUGUAAUGUUACUCGUAACUGAAAACUUUCGUUGGUAGAGGCCUGUGAAAAAGAUAGCUGAAAAAGUGGAAUUUACUUUUUUUACCUUUAUUUUUUUUCCAAAUUUUUACUUUUGUUCCUAAAUGCAGGUCACAGACAGUAGUAUACUAAAUGGAACUCCAGUUUCAUAAAUGAACAUUAUCUGUCUAAAAGAGUUUUGAUUGGGCGUAGUGUUCGUACUUUGGCGUAGCGAUGAAAGGUCAUUUGCUGUAGAAGCAGGAAGAAGGAUGUUUAAAUGUACUUGCCAGGUUUUGAUUUACCGUCACCUGUACGAAUUAUUACUGAUAGAGUUGGUCUAGUUUUGUGAUUUUGGCUGCAGUAGGCUGUACUUUAUUCAUUAUUUAUUAGAGCUUGUUUAAAUAUUUAUGUAUAUGCAGUGAUAUAAUAUUUGUAGUAUUUACACGUUGUCAUUGCGGUAAUCUCUGUUCACAUUUCUGUGCAUGUAGUGUGACGUUUGGCAGCAGUGGUUUUGUCUUGGCCUGUCGACUUAUUAAUGCUCAAGUUUGUAUUAUACGACUUGCUUUUUUUCCAAGUUUGCAGGGUUAGAGUCUUUUUUUUUUGUCAAACUUAUUGCGGUUGGUGCAGUUUUGUAAAGACAUCUCUUCGAUUUGGUACGUUGCGCGUAUCACAAAAGAAGUGAUGUCAGUUAGAAAGAAGGUUUUAAGUAACUGUGAGAUUAAAAUAGUUAUAUUAUUACUAGGCAUAAGGUUGUGGCUAAAUUUGUUAAGCUUAAUAUAGUUCUUAAUAUAUUUCUUCAGUUGUAUAAGGGCCGCGGGCCUUUCCCUGCCUUUAUCACGGGCGCAGGUUUUUCUUCAACUUGUAUUUACAAAUAUAUUUUUCAAUAUAAUGUUCAGACCAUGCUUUGCAUUUAACACACACGAGUUGUCUUGUACAUUUAACAUAGUAAAGAAUUUCUUUGAAAGCUAUCAAAUAUUCAAACAGUAGGUAAUUUUUCUUUGUGUAAGUUUCUGUUGCAUUUAAUUAUUAUGUCAAUUAAAGGGAUUUCAAAACAAUAUGAAGUAUUCCAAGGUACAAGACUGCACUACACCAUGGAUGCAUAGUUAGCUUCAAUCAAAAAGAACACAAGACAGUUUCUUAUCACAUAAAUUUUAAAGGUUGCUCAUUUCAAGGUGCUCAUGAACAAAAAUAAAUACCUUUGGCACAGUAAACAUAAACUAAAAGUACAUAUACAACUUUUUUCUGCAUUAUUUAUAAAAAAAAUUCAAAGUUUAAUUUUAAGAAAAUUUAAUAACCAAAUGAAAUCAUUUAGAAAAAGUGAUUUGGAAAUAGAUUGAGAAGAGCUCAUUAUUAACAGGUCAACAUUUUAAAGAAACCAGACUUGAUUACCAAUUUCAAUUUUUUCCUGACAAUUCAAAUUUAUGUAAAGAUUCAAAGGUGCCAUCCGAACUGCAGGCAUGAAAAGUUUGAGUUAAUGUCUACAAAGUCGAUCAUUAAGAGUUAGAUUUGGAUUAAUCUUGGAGGAUCCAGGGAGCCUGUGCAUAUCCAUGGAGUGUAGAACUACAUUUUCACUGAGCUAUGCAUUUAAGAGUUCACUGUUUUAAUAUCUCUCCUAGAUUUUCGAGUGUAAAGAAAGUUCUUUUACUGUGUUUUUGAAAUUAGCUUGGUGAAAGAGGUAUAUAUGAUUGGUAUUGUUACUCCAUGAAUGUUAACUAAAUUGUUUACAUUUAUUGUUAUUGUUGUGCGGAAUAUUCAUUCUGCAUUUCACACCAUUUUUUCCCAAUUAUUUGAAUACAUGGCUUCUCUUAAUUUUGGCAGUUUGUGGCAUUCUUUCCCUGUUACUGGAAUAUAUAAAAUUGCAGUCGGAUCGAUACAUCACUAGUAAAUACUAAACAAACUCCUGCCUUAUCAUGAGAAAUGUCUAUGACUCAGCAUGUUUAAUCGGCUAACUUUUUUGCCAGUGUUUUGAACUGGCUCGUGCUCGCUGGAUUGAAUCGCUGCUGUUGAACGUUUUUGGUUUCCCCACGUAUUGCUACUCACUGCUUCGCUUUUUGCAGUCCAACGCUACUCCAGCUGCUAGCCGUCUCGGGCGGUUCUUUGAAUGGCUACCUUUACACUAUCAAUCGUUGUGAUAUAACUUAAAUGUAAUUUAAUUAUGUUAGUGUAAGUGCUUGAAGCACAAAUUUUUAAUUGCAUACAAUAAUAUGUAUAUGAGGAGUUUUAUGCCUGUGUGUGAAUGAGUUUACGUACUUUUAACAUUUGGAGUGAAGUUGAUAACUAAUGAAUUAAGUGAUGUGGAAUUUUUGUUGGUGUACAUAAUUAAUACAGGAAUGUUAAAUAUUUAGUGCUGUGGUGUUUUACCUGUAAAGGUAUCUGUACAGAAUAUUAAGAUAGAUAUUUAAAAAAAAAUCAAUUAUAGUGUAAUGGAAGAUUCGCCCUAUUUUUGGAAUUAAAUGUGAUUUUACAUGUUAUGUGUUGAAUGUGUUUUCUGGAUAUUAUAGUCAAUAUUUACUGGGUGUCUUGUACUUGGUGAUUAUGCUAACAUUCAGUUGAAGGGUUAGUUUCCGCCAUUUUAAUGGGUAGUGCUUGAUUUGACAGUGGUAUUAAUUUCAAACAAAUAUUGUAUGUGUAUAUUGAACUUGCAAUACUGUGUUUUAUGCAGUGGUGAUAUUUUAUAUUUAGUUUAAUGCAAUGCUGUUUUUAUCAUAUGGAGUCCAUUUCUGAAACAUUAACUCAGUAAAUUUAGAAUACAUUAAUUAUCUCGGAGAUAAUAUGAGCCUGUUACGCUCGAUGCGCUGUAGCUUUACAUAGUAUAAUCUUAAUGUCUUAAACUACAUUUUGGUAAAGGUGUUUAGUUUUUUUUUUUUUUAAUUUCGCUUUAUGAUAUUUUUAAUGUUGUGUAGUGAGGUAGUUUGUACCAAAGACAUAUGUUCCUGCUAAGUCGUUGUGGUGACGGGCUAGGGAGUUGACUGUUACGCUCUGUGUAUGUAUAGUUAAGUGCCGAUGCCCGCCACACAGCGUAUUGUCUGCUGCAUCAAAUGCGUUACAUGUAAUUCAGCUGGUUCACAAUUUGUAUAUGAUAUUGGUAGGUGUUGUAAUGUUUUUGAUUCACAUUAGUACCUUAAAACGGAGAGAAUAUUAACCUUUGUUGACUAGUUAAUGAUUGAUUAAUUCACCCUCGUUUCUCUGUAAUAAUGUGUAAAGUUCUUCUAUGGCAUUUCUCGUAAUUACUGUAGCUCUCGGAAGAUUAAAUGUAAGUUAUUUGCUGGUAAUAUUAAGUGAAAUGGUUUUAUUGUAAUAAAAUUGCUUGUGUGUUGCAGUACUGACUUGUUACCAUCUGUACAUUAUUUAGCCACAGGUGUGGAACCAAGCAGCAGGUGCAAUACGAGUACAAUCUCAGCGUGUUGCCUAAUCUGGCAUUUGUUCCGGUGUGCAGUCACUGUGUCACUUUGCAGUUGCAUUGUCUAGUUGCGGGCUGUGCUGUGUUGCAUUCCCUAACGUUCAAGAGACACACUUCGGUCAUUAUUUGCAUUGUUUAAUUUUAAACAUUAUACUAGUUCUGGAAAAAAGCAGGGUAUGUUAUACGUGUGAAUAAGUUCAAUUAAGGUCACUUUUUGAAGCAGCUAUGAUUCUUUUGUAAGGAACUUGUAAAGUGCCUUCAAAUAAUGGAGUUAGAAAAAGUGUUUGAUAUACAGUGAACAGUUCAGUUACACUUAUGUAGAUAUCUGGGGGUAUGCUAAUUUAUCUUGUUUUAAUGCAAGGAUGCCUGUCACCUCUUUCCUUCUUUAUAUACUCAAGUAUAUUUACUUUUUUUUAAUCUUAUGAUAAAACAUUAUUACAUGGUCAUCAUUAUAAUAAACAAAAUAAUGUUUGUUGCAUACAAAUUCUUUAUAAGCUGGUUUUUUUUACGCGUUUGCUAUUUUCAAAAUGCUUUACGUAGCUAGCAGUCCCACUCAUCCUCUGUUUCUUGUAUCUAGGUGUGUUUUUCUGUAAAACUAGUAAUUUCUGACGUACAAGGUGACAUUUGAAUUGGAGUUGGGUCAGCACUGACACAUUAUGGCCAGUAGUGACGUUUCUGGAUUGGAUCCUUCACAAGAAAUAUUUUAGUGUACUUGUCACAGAUACUGCCAUUUUUAUAACACACGAAUCCUUGUAGCUACAAACUUGUAAACAUGUAAUUGUUUUUAACUGUCAUUCCAAGAAUUUGGUUUUCAGACUUAACAAUAGGUAUGUACUCAAAUACAACUUGAUAUUCCGACUAUUACAUUUUUAAUUUUAUGAGCGAAAAUACUUACUAUUUAUUUUCCAAUGGUUACCGCAAGUUAUAUUCUACUAACAUAAUACGGUGGAACCUCUCAACUACGGGAACUGGCAGUCGCAGAUGUUCUCACAGAGGAAUGAUGAAAUACUAUCCAUAAAGUUAGAUUUACACACCUUCCAAAAAUUUCUAAAUUUCACAUACGUAUCUCGGAGGUACAUCCUAGAGAAAAACUGGAUAGAAAAAAAAUUUUCAAAAUUUAUAUGUAUUAAAAAAAGUCUCUACUUACUUUCUUUGUAUGUCUAAAAGUUAUUGUUUCAUGGGCAAGUGUCUGGUGAUUGCCCUGCCACAGUGUUGUGCUUCUCAGCUCAAGCUCAUGAUCCGAGCGAUGGAUCUGCUGAGUUUAAAAACUACAUGAGCCACACAGGCCGAGCCUGACAUGUGACACCCCCUUUGUUUUUCCCCGACUGCCGCUUGCUGUUUCGAAAGAAGCCGUGCGAAACAAUCACACCGGCGAAAGUGGCACCAGAAAAGCUCCCGUGAAUAUUCAAGGAAGGUACUACCGUUUGUACAGUCAGGCCUACUGCAUGACAUCUAGUACUCGUAUCAGCGAGGUUCCACUGUUGUUCACAGUAAGCAUGUCACAAGUGCUCUUUUAAACUUACUUUGCUCAGUGUAUAAUGUACUGUAUUUUAGAAUAAAUCCAAGUAUAGUUUCCUUCAUUUGUGUUCCAUUCAAAGCAUAAUCCUGUCAGUUUGUGUUCAUGCUAGGCCUGUGCAAAUGUGUUAGGUUUUUGUUUGAAUAGAGUUUAAAAACAAGUAUCAAAUAGGAAUAGUAAAAACUAGAAUAAUUGAAAUUCUAUAAAAUCGUUAUACAUCCUGUCACAUUACAACAAACCUGUAUUUAUUAAUAAACAAAAUGUAUGCAGAUUUAGAAAAUUUUUAACACUUAAAAUUCAUUGAUAUUUGCUGUUUUGUGUUUAUUUUAAAGUGUAAAGCAGUUUUGUUUGGUUAGGUUAGGUAAGGUUGUGUUCUCUGCGUAUUUAUGUGCAGUUUAAUGUACAACUAUGUAUGACUGACAAACAUCAGAUCCACAAAAUGCAGUUUUUUAAUUAAAGCACAUUUUAAAAUUAAUUAUAAUUUAAUGUCUGCCUAAUCAGCUUAUUUUGUCUCUUCCGUAUUGUUUUCAUUGUCGUGCCAGUUUCAAUUAUCAAAUAAAGUCAUUGCAAUGAGAUUAUAUUUACAAUAUGAACUACUAUUGUCUGGUUUUAAAAGAUGCCGUCAACAAUGUGCGAUAGAAACGUGUCCACAUUUCCAUGUGAGAACAUAAACAUCUCUCGCCCGAUGAGAAAAUCUGUGAUCCCAAAAUUUUUCCAGACUUAAAGAGAUCCCACACAGUCGUAUUUGUAAACCACUGAAUAUUGGUUUUUUCGAAGUUUUAUUAUUAAAAAUAUUGAAUAGAAUAUGAAUAAUAAACUUAAUUUUUAUAUUCAAAAAUUCAAAUGUUUGUACAGGCCUAAUAAAUACUAAUUUUUAAAAAGAAAAAAACACUUUCAUUUAAUAAUGUUGCCAGCAAUAAACUUUGUAAAAUAAUCAACUGUAAUAAAACAUAUAAAUGUCAAUACUGAUUGUUUUAGAAAGAUUAUGGAAUAAAUUAAUCAAAGUAAGAUUUACAUUAAUUUUAGUUCUGUGCUAACUUAACAUUGUGUUAUUUAUCAGACACUUUGUCCACCAUUAUAAUAUAGAAAAUGUCGAGCAAUCUUAUGAAUUCAGACACUGCAUGUGUUUCAGGCAUGGUGUAGAGAGGGUAGAGUUGACUACUUGAUAAGAAUGAGGUAUUGCGUUAGAGCGGGUGGUAGUGGCAAACAGCUUGGAGCAUAGUACUUUAUUUAAGACAGGGGUGUAAUUAUUAUUGGUCUCUUCAAAUCCAUUUGAUUAAGGAGAUGUAGUGGCUUAGAGUUGUGCAAACCAUGCUGAUAAUUAUUCUUAGUAAUUUUCUUGAUAAAUUCUCUAUAAUUUUAGGUGCAACCUGAAUAAAUAAUUGAUGCAUAAUAAUCUCCUGGAAAUUGAACAGUAAAAUGCAUCUCUGCGUACCAAAUCCUUUGCUUCACCUGAUUUCAGCUACUAGAAGUAAGUUGGCAUCCGAUUCUCAUUUCCUCGUAAAUCUUAGCAAUGUUUUUACAUCGCUCGUAGGUUUCACUGCGUGAACUUGGGCUUGUAUUGUAGCGUAAAAUUAACGUUGUGGUAACAAUGGACAUCCCAACCGGCCGGUAUUUGAUUGUAUUGCAUAUGGAAAUUUCUCGUACUUCCCACGUGGCCAGCGGAACAGCAAAUGAAUACGUAACCAAGGCCGGGAAGUUAAAGGACACACUUCUUGCCUGGCUAGAAGCUCCAGUGAGGUGGAGUAUUGCGUUGUGCUGCUUGGUUCCUCUGUAAUGACUGUUAGUUGGUCUACAAGCUGUAAACAUCAUAGAAAAUGCUCACAAUUUAUUUGUGUAAUGGUAUGCUAAAAAUUGCCAUCUUUAACUGUUCCAUGUUUUCCCCUCCCCUUUUUUUUUGUGUAUGAUAUUACUCCUGUUUAGAUUAAUUUGAGUUGUCAAUGUUAAUCGGGUUACUGGCCCUAGAUUUUAUUAUAUCCAUAUGUGACUUACUAGUACGAAGUGUGCAUGUUAGGAAUGAUUUUUUGUGCCAAUCAUAAGAUGUAGGUGUCUAUAGUUUUCUACGGAUUAUAUAACAGACUCAAUGCAGUGAACAAUCUGGAUCCAGCUGCCGGUCUCUUGGUAAACUGACAUCGCGCUGACUGCAGGAGCGCGGGAACGAAGAGAGCGUCUUGUGUACAUACAGUUACUGUAGAUGGUUUUCAACGUAAUACACAUAUCAUUUGUUAGUGGGCUAUGUUUGUACCAUUGUAGUGAAUAAUUAGCAAUAGAAAAAAAAAGUCUCUCUUAACAAAUUUGAUGAAAAGUGAGGUGUUCAAAUGUUUUGUGUGUGGAUAGGUGUUCUUUAAUGGUCUGACGCUGGGUGAACUUGUCUGUACCAUUCCGUGUUUAAAAUUUUAUGGUAAUUGGAUGUUUACUUAAUUGUAAGAAUCUCUUUAAUCUGCUUUUUUUUUUUUCACCCAUGGGUUAUGUUGUUUUGCGCACAGUAGGAAUGAUCUUAACUGUAAGCACAUGGAGUCAUUUUAAUAUGGACAGAGAUCUGAAUAGUUUUCUGGAGAAUGACCCGAAUUGCAGUCCACCAAAGGGUGUUGAUUUGUGCUCAUUUUCACAGUUUGGUCUUGAUUAAUUCGGUAUCUAUUACAUAAUUGCAAUGGUCUAAUUGGUUUUAGCGCUAAAUCAUUUUUCUUUAUUGGUUGAUGGCAAAUUUGUUUUUCUAGAGAUAUAAUUGUUUGUGCUAAGAGUAUAUAGUAACUGAUAAAUGUAUAUAUCUAACAUCUAAACGGUUGCGUUAUGAAUCUUAUUUUUGGCUGUCGGAAAGGCAUUACUAAAGUUUAAAUGCACCCUUUGGUAGCACCAUUUCUUGUGUGUGGAGUUUGAUUGCAUGUUUCCUGUUACUUCGUGUUAACUAUCUUGUUGAAUGUGGCCAUGUUAAUACUUUGAUGGAAUAGUUUGGCUCCUAUGUGAAAGAUGCUUUUUUUAAUCCUAAUACUUCAUAACUGUAUCAGUGUGUAAAACUAAAGGGUAUAAACAGAGAUGCUUGCUUGAAUAUCCGUCUCCUAGUCAGUAGAAUGGGGUAAGGUUGUAAUAUGAACAGAAUUAAAUUUCAAUAGAAUGGU